UCGGCGCGCGCAGACCAAGUGUUGGUGAUUAGCCACAAAAUCCCGCCGAUGUGGCCUCUCCUGCUGGUCCCAUUCCUCCUCGCCGCCGCGGCCCAUGCGUCCGCCGCCGAGCCUCCCGCGGCGGCGAUGGCCCCGUGGCCGGAGCAGUACCACGCGUUGGUCGUCAGCAACCUGACCGCGCGCGGCGGGCGGCUGCAGGUGAUCGACAUCUACUACGACUGGCCCCGCGGGCGCGACCUGAACCUCGUCCGCCUCCAGCUCCCCGACGCCGGCGAGCCGCCGCUCCGGAACGUCGAGUGGGCCAACGGCACCUCCUACCUGUUCGACGCCACGUCCUGCCAGACCUACCACUUCGACGUCGGCCUCCUGCCGCCCGACUGGAAGAAGGCCGGCGACGCCGCCUACCUGGGCCGCGCGCGCGUCGACGGCUUCGACUGCUACGUCUGGUCCAACUUCCUCUUCGCCCGCUACUACGAGGACGUCGCCACCGGCCGCCCCGUCGCCUGGAAUUUUGGGAUGGAUGAGCGGCAUGUGCUGAGCUUCGAACCGGGGGGCGUGCUGGAGGACUCGUCCAUGUGGCAGGCGCCGGCUUACUGCUUCGAUGGCAGCAACGGCGGCGACGCCGCUGGUGGAGUUGGCGGCCAGGGCAGCAGGGACGAUCUAGUGAACAGCAUGAUCGGGUUCGCCGGGGCUCCGGCUGCAGCUGCAUCUUUUGAACAGUGAGCUGUCUAGAGGCCUUGAGCCUUGAUGAUUGACUGAAGAGAGACUUUCUGCAUGCGGUGACACCUUGUCUGAAAGAGAGUGUCACGAAUCUUGUCCAAAAUACUAGUAAAUGGUAUUGUUCCUUAAUUAUGUUCUUCUAAUUGUUUUUUUGUCAAUUGUCUGGAGCAUUUUUCUAUUUUUCUCAUUAUGUGGUUGCAUUAUUGUUCAAGCUGAAAUAUAGCGUACCCUUGGGUGUUAGAACA